GAGGAAUUCGCCUUAUUUCUACUAUCGCAGCUAGUUCUCUUCCACGACAUUGAUACUCAGUCUCGCACUUUCAGUCUCGCUAUCCGGUCGCGACUCUUAUCUACGUCAUCCGCUCACCGCAUAUCUGGCCCCAGAUGAAGUUCCUUCCUUUGCCCGAGUUUGAGGACGUGACGAGUUCGCUGAAUUUCGACACUGCCGAUUGCCAUAUUAUGGGCGGCUGUGACUUGUACACCACCAAGGCAGCCCGCGCCGAUCGGAAAUUGUACAAGAAUAUUGAACAAUCCCUGGAAGCCCAAUAUGAAUCAGUCCUUCGCCUGUCGGCGUCGUUGUCGCCGCCUAAUGCAUCCGAUGCGGCCGCGUCGCUCAACCUGUCUCGCUCGAGUCCCUUCGGCCCCCUGAGCGACCACUCGAGUCGUCGGACCUUUGCAUAUUUGAUCGCAACCUUGAACGCGAGUCAUCCUGACUAUGACUUUUCGCAUGUUCUGCGCCCUUCUGAUUUUCAUCGCGAGCGCAACCUCAAGAGGGUCAUGAACACGAUCGACUCCACUCUGUUCAACCUGAGACCGCGCGAAGCCAUUGAUCUGACGCCUCCCUCGCCUGUUACCGUUUCUGGAUCUUACAAUGCGGGCGCAUCUGCUACAUGGGGCCCAAGGAUGUGGGGAGUUAUCAACGAGCACAUGUCGUUGAAAGAAUGCUCGAUAUAUUCCUACUCGCCGGAGGAGGACCCAUCGGAUGCCGAUGACGGAGCGAUCUGGAGUCUCCACUAUUUCUUCUUCAACCGGCUUCGCAAGCGGGUCUGCUAUCUUUAUCUCCGAGCCAUUCCGAUCCUGAGUCAUACGCCCAGUGAAGGAGUGGCUACACCAUCAACGAAGCGCGCAUAUGAUGACGGUUACCUCACCCCUGAACUCAGCUCUAGCAAGCGGGCUCGCUAUUGGCUGGGCGAAGGCAUCGCGCUUGACAGUGAAAGUGAUGAGGACGACCACUCGAAGGCUCAACAUGCUGGAGACGAGUAUGAUCCUUAUGUGCUCAGCGACGAGGAGUUCCGAUCCCGCUCUGGUAGCAAGGGAACUGUCCGGGCAAUGAGCGAGGAAAUCGCCGAUUCGAUGGAAGUAUAAUUAAUUCUGCCUUUUGUUUGACCGUGCUUCUGCGCUGCUUUCGAUUCUUCAACCUUGCUCGUGUUUGGCUCGUCGUUCAGUCGCCUCUACCUACCUUCGGUUCAUCGUUCUUAUUAGGUACUUUUUGUCCCUCGGCGUUUAGUUAGUUACUGCAUUCAACCUGCAUUUGCACAGGCUAGGGGCGUUUGAACUGGCGAAGGAACGGAUAUGGCCCCUAAUACCUUGUGAACGGCCGUUAUGAUGAUGAUAACGAUCUAGCACUGCGUGGCCCGGCGCGGCGCGAAGGGCAGGCUCCGCACGCCGGCGUUCCUAUGGUUCCAAUGGUCAGUUCGUGUAUCUAAUAUAAAUUGACUUGCUUGAUGGUGC